ACGUGACGCAGAAGCCCAUGCCAUUGGACAAAGGUUCAAAGGCCCAUAUAAUUUAAAAUCUUCAAAAUGCAGAAAGCAACUUAUUAUGAUAACUCUGGACUGUUUGGCGGUUACGCAUACCCAAAGACUGACGCAUAUGCGUAUGGGCCCACCCAUCAAUCCUACCCCACUUCCAGCAUGGAGAAUGACUAUCAGGGUCCCAUCUGUUCCAUACAAACUACAACUGUCCGGCCGCCGGUGCACAAAAAUGGCGACAUCAAUGGCAGCUGUAUGCGACCAAGUGGCAGCCAAGGUAGCCAAGCAGACAGUGUUGGUGACCAACAACAGGCGCCUCCUUUAGCCCCCAGCUCACCCAACUCAAACAGCGCUACCACACAGAAAAAGAAACCCCCCAGUAACAAUGGGUCGAACACUACCACCCCAGUCAUCUCAAAACAAAUAUUUCCAUGGAUGAAGGAGACACGUCAUAACUCAAAGCAGAAAAGCACCAAUUGCGCAACUCCAGGAGAAACCUGCGAUGACAAGAGUCCGCCGGGUCCGGCAUCCAAGCGGGUGCGCACAGCUUACACCAGCGCCCAACUUGUGGAGCUCGAGAAAGAGUUCCACUUCAAUCGCUAUUUAUGUCGACCGCGACGAGUCGAAAUGGCCAAUCUGCUCAACCUGACCGAACGCCAGAUAAAGAUAUGGUUUCAAAACAGGAGGAUGAAAUAUAAAAAGGAUCAGAAAUCCAAGGGCAUUAUGCAUUCCCCUCUUGGACACUCUCCAGACAGAAGUCCUCCUCUAAGUGGCCCCAAUCACGUUGGAUAUUCUGGUCAGCUCUCAAAUCCCAGUCUGAACUAUGAUGCUCCGUCCCCUCCAUCCUUCGCAAAACCGCAACAAAACAUGUACGGCCUAGCUGCUUACACGGCGCCGUUGGGCGGCUGUAUACCACAGCAGAAAAGGUAUCCGGGGGCAGAGUAUGAGCACCAUGGCAUGCAAGGGAACGGAAGCUUUGCCAAUGCAAAUUUGCAAGGCAGCCCUGUAUAUGUUGGGGGAAAUUUUGUUGAUUCAAUGCCAGCCUCGGGCCCUAUGUUCAACCUUGGUCACCUUCCUCAUCCCUCAUCCGCCAGUGUGGACUACAGCUGUGCCGCUCAGAUUCCGGGCAACCAUCAUCACGGACCGUGUGACCCUCACCCCACAUACACAGACCUCAGCUCUCACCACGCUUCUCAGGGACGACUGCAGGAAGCACCGAAACUAACGCAUUUGUAAGGAGUCCACGUGCGUGUGUCCAAGCGAAGUGUCGCUUUUUAUUACCUCACGAGUUAAAAGUAAUUUAUAUAACUACCCUCUGCAAGAGACACAAAGUAU